ACUAGCGCAGAAAAAGAGGAGGGGGGGCCGGUGGAAGGAGGCGGCUGCGAGGAGGCAGUUUCUCUCUCCAGUCUCUUCCCCGUCGUCUUUGUCUCGCGCCACUCUUUUGUUUAGCCAUGCCGAGCCUGCUGGUGCUCGCAGGGAUCAUGGAGAAAAACGGGGGCUACGGCGCCGAUCUUGCCGGCUCCGGCUUCGGGGGCGAGGCGGGUCUGCUGGGUCCCCCCGACGACGACGAGGACGACUCCCGCGCCCUGAGGGUCGCGCUCGGCCAGCUGUCGCUCCUGGGGCUCGGCGAGGGCGAGGACGGUGGAGGAGGAGGUGGUGGAGGAGGUGGUGGUGGAGGUAGUGUUGUUAUCGGCGGCGGCGGUGGAGCUCCGACGUGCGGAGUGCAAGACCGGAGCAACAACAACAACAACCACCACAAUAGUGGAGGAGGAGGAGGAAUUGGGGGAAUCGGUGGAAUGGGAGGCGGAGGAGACGCGUCGAUCCUCCAAGGCAAGAGCAAGUUGUGCGCCCUGUACGAGAGCUCGUCCGGGGAGCCCAAAGGACGCGGCUGCAACAUCACCGAAUGCGUCCCAGUGCCCAGCUCCGAGCAUGUGGCCGAGAUAGUGGGCAGGCAAGGUUGCAAGAUAAAAGCCUUACGGGCCAAGACCAACACCUACAUCAAGACCCCUGUCCGAGGCGAGGAGCCCGUGUUCCUGAUCACCGGCCGUAAGGAGGACGUGGCUCUGGCCCGCCGCGAGAUCAUCUCUGCUGCCGAGCACUUCUCCAUGCUCAGGGCGUCGCGCAACAAGCUGGGCGUGUCUUUCAGCGGCUCCCCGCCGACCCCGCUCCCGGGCCAGACCACCAUCCAGGUGAGGGUGCCGUACCGAGUGGUGGGUCUGGUGGUGGGCCCCAAAGGCUCCACCAUCAAGCGCAUCCAGCAGCAGACCUGCACGUACAUCGUCACCCCCAGCCGGGACCGUGACCCCGUUUUCGAGAUCACGGGCUCGCCGAGCAACGCCGAGCGAGCCCGCGAGGAGAUCGAGGCGCACAUCGCCUUCCGCACGGGAGGCCUGCACGACCACAACAACGAGAACGACUGCCUGGGCCCCAACGGCGGAAGCAGUCCGGCCGGGAGCAGCGGGAGCGGCGGCGGCGGCCUGGAGAGUCGACUCCAGCAAGUGUGGGGCCUCCAGGGGGGCCAGCGGAAACCUCUGACCAGCAGCUACCGCCAGAACUUCUCCGAUGCCCUCGGGGGAGGAGGGAGCGGCGACGGUGUGGGGAUCUACAAUAAGGGCAACUUCUCCAGCUCCGGAGAGAAGCCGUGCUCCUUUUUCGGCUCGGAGGGCACCCAGAGCUGGGGCGACCCCGACUACCCCAAGCAGAUGGCUUUCUACGCCCAGCAGCGAUCCAAAAGCUUCGGCGGGCUCCCGCUGCCCCUCACUAGACUCUCGCCGGGGCUCCCGGAACCGCCGGCCAAUUCGUCCGUCGGCGGCAUGGCAUCGCCCCACGCGCAGGCUCGCCGCGCCCACAGCGAGCCCACCUCGGCCGGGGAGGGCGGCUUUCCCGGGCGGCUCCCCGUGCCGGACUCGCCGCCGGCCGUGCGGGACUGCAUGACCUGCUUUGAGAGCAAGGUGACGGCCGCCCUGGUGCCGUGCGGCCACAACCUCUUCUGCAUGGAGUGCGCUAUCCGAAUCUGUGAGCUCAACCACCCCGAGUGUCCCGUGUGCCACACGCAGGUUUCGCAGGCCAUCCGAAUAUUCUCUUAAGGAUCCCUUUUUAGCCAGUUGUGUGGUUUAUUUUUAUUUUUUUCGGUCUCUCGUUUGUCGGUCGGCUAAUUAGUUGCUCUUAUUACGGUUGUUGUUAUUAUUCUUAUUCCUAUUAUUGCGAUACAUUUUUCAUUUUUCAGAAAAAUUUUAAAACAAUCAAGCAGCUAUUUUAGAAGGCACUGCUUGCUUUACUAAAAAGUAUAAGAGAUAUUUUUCAGUUUUUCUUUUAUAUACAUAUAUGCAUAUAUAUUUUAUAAAAGUUUGGUUUAUAAGAGAAGUAUAGUACCUUUUCAGGUUUUGAUUUUUUUUUCUGGUAUUUUCUUUUUUUAUGAUGGGACUGCUGCUGUUGUUCUUAAACACAGAAUCACAGUGUAGGCCGACAUAAUGUGAACAUUUUAUUAUUACUCCAAUUUGUUUUGUAUUAUCACGUUACCAUGAAGUGGGUUUAUAUGGGUGGAGGAUGAUUUAAUUCACACCGCACCAAACAAUCAUCUCGGGUCUAAAAGAGGGUUGUCAAUCAGACUUUUUGAAUCAUUUUAUUAUGCUUUGACAGAAAAUGUGAAAGGGUUUUAGUCAAAGCAAUUCUUCCGUAGAUUUUUUGUUUUGGGGGGGGGCAUUACAUUAUUAUUUGCCAUUUUAUCGGUGUCAUUGUUCAGUGCAUCGGCCCCCAAAAUGUGCGAAUCUCAUUCGGGGCGGUGCAUUGAUUACACAAGGCUCGCUGUAAUCUGCGGAAAAGAUUCAGUGAUGCUCGCCUUCCCCUCGUAGUUCAUAGGCCUGAUUUUAUUUGCCCAGGACCCCCCCCCCCAAAAGGAAAACCGCCUUUGAAACGGGACCAGUUGGCCUCGACAAACGCCCCCCCUCCAAGCCACCUUCUCUUUGUCAUUACUAUUACAUUCGUCACUAGACAAUGUGAGCAAACCUCAUGCAAAUAAGACGAUUUUUUUUUUUUCUUUUUUUUACAUUUGGCGUCUGGCUGGAGCAGGUGUGUGGAUAUCUGGUCACCCCCGCCCCAUGUUCCCCUUCUCUUACAGUGUGACCCUCCCUUGGAUUGAGGAGCGUUAUUGUGUGUGGACGCUCGGACAGCGGGGCCCGGCGGGCGCUCUUUCGAUAAUUAGGCAAAUGGGCCGGUCCAGGUGCAGAUCGGAGCGGAGAAUCCUACCCCCCCACAGACAAGAUUUGUAAGCUGCACCAUUGAUGAAAAACAUGUGGCCAUGUUAAAAAAAAAUGGUCCUAUCACAUGAGGUGUAGCGUGACCCCCCCCCCCCCUGCUUAGCCCCCUUAUUAAACCCCGCCCCCCUCUCUCACUAACACACGCACACCAACUGUGAAAUUCAAAACAGGGUUUACGUGACAGAUCCAAAUAGGCCAACCCGACGACCCCUCCCUGGCUACUGUAAGGGAGAUCCAGCAGCUGCCCCUUCACUAUGGACACUGAGGCCCCCAGCCAAUGGGAGACCCCCCCCCCCCUUCCUCACCCAGCCUCCCUACUCCCCACCCUAGCUUGAAUGAAAUCAGACAAUUGUAAUUGGCAGGAAAGCGGAGGAAACGCCCCAUUGAACCAGCACUCACUCUGAAUCAAAUUAUGCUCAAGCCCGAGCAAGAAGGGGAGGGGGGGGGGGGGGGGGUCAACGGGUUAACGUAAGAAGGUGGGGGCUGUUGAAUAAAAGGGAAGGAGGGUGUUUUGUUAGGUUGGGGGGGGCGCCAUCUAGGGGUGGGAAUGUUAGAGUCCAUAUUAUACCGAACAAUACUGUCCCAAUUAUAUGAUAAAGCAUGUAUUGAUAGCUAUGAUACAUUAUAAUAUUCACAGCACAAUAAUUACGCUAUCUAAUAAAACUUCCAAAUUUUGCUGUCAUAGCAUUGACGGAAGAACUUCGUCCGAUUGCUCGCCCGUCUAUGCUGCUUUCAAACACAAGGGGGCGUAUUUACAUGGUAGUACUUCGAUGGGUGGAAGUCUUGCUAGCAAAUGUCGGUUUAUCCAUACUGUGAUAAUGGUGCAAUGUAUCAUGAUAUCAAUACAUGUUUCUACGCCUAGAGAACAUGAGGCUUGAAACUGUUUUAAAGGUAUUGAGUAUCGAUCGCCAAUGUCGGUGUAUCGUUACUGAGAAGAUGCAAUGUAUUGCAAUAUCACUUCAGCUUGAGCCAUCAAACUGUUUUAAAGGUAUCAGGUAUCAAUACUUGGAUGAUGAUGAUACACUGUAUCGCAAUAUCGAUACCGCGGCUGAUAACUAGAAAACCUGUAUCGCCUCGGCUUGAGCCUUUAAACUGUUUUCAAUUCCGUUUUUAAGGUAUCGGGGUAUCGAUACCAAAUGUUGGUCUACUGAUACUGUGAUAAUGAUGUGAUGUAUCACGAUAUCGAUAUUUUCUCCCACCCCUAGAGGAGUCAUCUGGCCUUUUUAAAAUUGUGUCCCAGCCCCCCUCAAGAGACCCCCCCCCCCCCUGUCCUCCUAUUAAGAGCCAAACACAGAGCAAAGCAUGUGGAACACUUAAAAAUAAAAGUACCUUCAAUUCUACAGAGAGUAGAAAUACAGAGUAUCAUUCUAUGGAGAAAUUGCACAGUCAACAACAAAAAAAAUCUUAGUAUUUUUGUUUUAUGCCUUAAUGUUACAUUUUUUUGUUUAUUCCAAUAAUGCCAUUUAGGCUAACAUGUUGGCCUUCCAUUACACCACCCCCUUAAAACAACUUUUCAAGUUAAAGAAUGUGAAUCACACUUGGCUUAGGAAGGGGUUCAGGAAAUGACACUCUCAACCCGUCUGUUAUGUCGCGGGUCAAAUUGACCCAUUUUAACACGAAAGAACAACAUUAAAAGUCAUUUUUGGGUAUGAACGGACACAUAUUGGCUAGGAAAUGUUUGUAAUGCAGCUAAUGAUUUUUUUUGUUUAGUUUCUGAUCCUUUUGUCUCAAUUACUUGUCACGAGUCACAUUGACCCAAGAACGUUAUUGCUGUUCCUGAGAAACAAACAGCUGGGUUAAAAACACAAUAUAAAUAUGAAGAGUUAAGCACCUUAUUUACCAAGAAAAAAAAAACUGCGCAUCUGAUGAAUACCAAACCGACCACUGAUGGUGAAAUAUUUCCUAGAAUUUAAGAAAUGCACAUAAGGAUUCCCUAUCAUUUUUGUUUUAUGUUGUAUUUGUUGUUGCUAUCACGACGAGAGAGGGAUGCCGCCUCUUUAUAUAAGAGUAUUGAAAGACUCUUUGUAAAUAAAUACACAUUUAUUUGCGCAUUGGAUGCCCUGCUUCCACAAAGCUUUUGGAUUACUACGCCAAUUUAGCACAGGGAAAAAAAAACAAAUAUUAUUAUUAUUAUUAUACGUUUUACCCAUCACUUUUUGACUUAAACAAUAGCCUAUAUGAGAUAGAUUCAUACGUUUAACAAAUAUUAUUUCAAGGGAUUAACUUAGUAGUAUAUAAAUUAUCAGACGCUACUAUGAUAUCAUUUAUGAAGCCUCAACUGUAUAAAUCCCAAAUACGUAAAAGUUCCGAUGAAUUGUAUGUGUAAUAACAAUAAUAAUGAUAAUAAUAAUAACCCCUGAAUGAAGACACAAGUUUCUAUGUACAUUAAGAUGAAGCAAUAAACAGUAAUAUUCUAUUCAGACUACUUUGACUAUUAGCAUAUUAGCGUUUUGGUAGCUCGUCGCAGCUCUUUGAUUAGUAAAAAUGAAAAUUAAAAAAAAAAAAAAAAAACCAGGAUAAUUACUGUGCUCUUCAGGGUCUUUUUUUCGCGUGAUAUGUUGAAUAUUAAGCACUCGUUUCAGGAGUUCUGAGCGGCACUGAGAAGACAAAAGUGGAAGCUAACAAUGCUAAUGGCACUAAUGGGGGGCCUCUUAGCUUUUAGCGUAGCUUCCAAACUUCGCCUCUGCUUUGUAUUACGGUCACAUGUAGCCAAAGACCAACGUACGACCAGAGCCAACUUAGUAGUGUUAUAAAAAGUGAUAUUGUGAAAGCAAAUCUGUGAAAACAUAUCAGGUUUGGAACAGCCCCACAAUCGGGUCAUGUGUGGGUCAUAAUCCCCAAAAUAGGGGCUGACAAUUUUUAAGAGUUGACUUUGGCAAUUUCCACUGCAUGCUAGCAAGAUAUUGUACCGUAUAGCUAAGAGUUAUCCGCAUACAAAAAGGCUUUACGAGCUCAAAGCGAACGUGGGGUUUUCCCAAAUGGUAUACAGUAUUGCAGCGUAGUUUAAUCGAUACACGAAAAUAGACUUGUUAAGAAACGUGCGUAAGUUUCAUUUGUGCAGCUCGGACCGGCCGGUAUGAAAUACUUUGGAUUGAGACAGGAGCGACUUGAAAGGGGCGGAGAUGACUCGCGGCGACAUUGGAGUCGUUAAUUUUUCCGUAGUAUUAUUUUUUACGAUAUCGUAUUACGAUUUUUUUCUGUUUUAGUCAAAAUAGGAACUGUUGAUGUUUUUUCUUGCUAUGGAAAUGGACUUAUGCAUUUAUGUAGAAUCCCUUUGAAGGAGUGAUAGGAAAUCCUUAUUCUCAAUGGAUGCACUUAAGCAAUUGUAACCAACUUUUUACGAAACUCGAGCAAGUAAUGCAUUUGAAUGUACGAAGAAAACACUCAACCUAAUGCACUCCUUAAUUUGUUUUUAUUACAAGCUUUAAGUUUUUGUUGUUGUUUUUUGGGGAAAGAAUUUGUGACGAGUUUUCAAUAUAUUUGAGUUCUUCCGCAUACAUUUAUAGAAAGUAACUUAAAACCAGAAAGAAAAAAACAUUACAGUUUUGUCAGAUCUAUUUUGCUAACAUUGGUUUUUAUUUCUUAGAAACGCAGAGAGUAAGGGGGAAAAAAAAAAGUCAGUAUCUGGAUGUUAUUUAAGAAAACAAGCCUAUUUAAAAGACCUUUUGUUUUUUAAUUCAAAUGACAAGAAGUUAAUAUAUUUCUAAACAAGAUGGGGGGGAAGUCAGUUUCUACGUAAAAAAAAAAAAAAAAAGAAAAAAGUUUUAUUUAUGACGGUUAUGGACGCCGGACGACACUCGUGCCGCGCCCACGACAGAAUAAACUAUUUUUUAAGAAUUUGGAGAUAUUUUAGUCACAGAGCAUCAAUCUUGUGCCUCGAUUAUAUCAUUAUUAUUACUGUUAUUAUUCAUGUCCUGCAUUAGUAAAUCCCCCUUGCCGCUCCCCCCCAUGCACACAUAUGCCUUCAACUGUAAGCCCAUGGUACUGACUUACUGACUGCAUUACACAUUUCCUCUGUGAUUCAAAAUCCAAAACCAAGGUUUAGGUCUUGACUGCGUACAACGUUUUAUUUUGGCAUCUCCAAGUCUUUUUUAUUGUUUUUUUGGAUCGACAGCAACAGAGCAGCUUGACAAAGGCCGAUUUUAUUAGCGGAUUUGGUGGGCCCUC